AUGAAAAACUCGCUGUACGAUCGCCUUUGGCGCCGGGAAUGCGGGGAACAGGUGCGGUAUGCUGGGCUUCGGGGAAUUUACGGAUCCAAGGAAUGGGUCAAUGAUCUCGACAUUGUGAAUGAACUCGGUGGGCAUACUGGAUGUGUCAAUGCCCUGAGUUGGUCGAGGUCAGGGCGUCUUUUGGCAUCAGGCUCUGAUGAUAGACACCUCAAUAUCUACUCCUACCAACCCGACUCCUCCGAUGCUCCAUUCGCGCUCAACACCACCGUAUUCACCGGCCACAAAGCCAACAUCUUCUCCGUCAAGUUUAUGCCACACUCGAAUGAUGGAACUCUGGUUACAUGUGCCGGCGACUCGCAGGUUCGCGUCUUUGAUAUAGAAUACUCAACUGGGAGUAGAAAUGAUGCUGCCACCUCCGCAUUUGCGGCCUCCACUCGCAGCCGGCGCUUCACUGAGUUCUUCAGUGGCACGCGAUAUCUGAGUGACGGCAAUACCAACGCUAGAUUGUAUCGUAGCCAUGUUGAUAGCGUGAAGCGCAUCGUCACCGAAUCUUCCCCGUUCCUUUUCCUCACUUGCUCUGAGGAUGGUGACGUCCGCCAGUGGGAUCUGCGGCUACCAUCUAGCGCAUACCCUCCGCCACGGGGUGGCCAGGGCUUCAUGGCAUACCGACAAGGAUUGGAAAAUGAUGAUCCCAAUGUUCCACCGCCUCUAAUCUCUUACAGGCCAUACCGCCUGGACCUCAAUACCAUCUCCUGCUCACCGAGUCAGCCUCAUUAUAUUGCCUUGGGUGGUGCGCACCUCCACUGCUUUUUGCAUGACAGACGGAUGCUUGGACAGAACACCUCCGCUGCAAGGGGCAGGGCUACACCAAGCGCUGCCAGCCUUAAUGAUGAUGAGGAGAUGAGCAAGGCGACGCGAUGCGUGAGAAGAUUCGCACCGAGCGGCAAGCACCAUGGGAAGUAUGCUGAUGAUGGACACAUAACUGCUUGUAAAAUCAGUGAUGCGAACCCCAAUGAGAUGGUUGUUAGCUGGUCUGGCGAUCAUAUCUACAGCUUCGAUUUAAUCCGCAGCCCGGAUGCUCGAGAGACACAGGCGGGCAAUAAAUCGAUUAUCAGGGGCAAGAACGGACAGCCUCGUCGCAGUUCACGGAGCCGGAAGCGCAAGAAGCCCGCAACACCUUCAUCGCAAGAAAGUGGUGGCCGACAUCAAUCCCAUCGUCGCUCAGCAGAAAAUGUCCCAUAUCCCCCAUUCUCGGAUGAUGUCCUAAGCACCGACCCCGAGCGUUUGCUCGAGCAGGCUCGGUUUUCUGUGUUGAAUGAUACCCAGCGAUUGAGCAUGCAGAUCGCAAAAGAGCUAGUAAAACUUCGAAAGGCCCUAUUUUCAGAAACUACAGUUCGGGAAGCCGCAGGGUCUGACGAUGUGGAACCCGAAUCGUACUCGAGAUGCUUUUUAUCCGCUUUAGAAAUUGCAUCUACGCUUCUCCCGCAAAUGGGCGAUGUCAUGCGCGAAUGGAGCUAUCCCAUGAACCCAUCACAGGAGACUGUCAAUUUCCAACAAUCACUUCGUCGCAAUCGCCAGUCGUCAUGGCGAUUUGUCCAAGCUGCUGGCGCACUUGCUCAUGCGUUGGCAGAUCAACCACAAGUUCCGGAAGAAUCAAGCUUCCUGAUGAUCAAGCCUGCGCCGGGCGAAGAUGACCCCAUUGACCCAGCAGCUCGGUUUGGCUACGAAUUCCUCCGAGCAAUUCUUCUCUGGCUGCAGGGCGGCAGACAGCGUCUUUUAGAGGGGUUUCAACGCCGCAAUGCCCCUCGACGAUUGCAUAGCCGAUUCCCAAUCCCAGAUGAAUCCGAAGAGGAUGCCAUCGAAACCAUCCUAGUGCCCUACAUUAUGGAAUUGGCCCGCGACACUCCGAUCGUGAAUGUGGAUGCUUCCAGAUUUGAGCAUGACAGUACGCGAAUUCUGUUCCCAACCCAACGAGCUGCCGUGACUGCAUUUGGGAAUGCUGUCAGAUUGCCCUUGGAAGAUCUUGGGGACUCAGCUGCUCGGUUCGACAGGCGCCGUGUUUCUAAUCCUACCUCGCAAAUUCGUUCUCUUGACCGUGCCUCUGCGAAGAGGUUCUGGAUUUUGCGAGUAGGCAGAGGAAUCUUGAUGGAGACAGGUAGUGAAGUGAAUUACAGAUUUGUCAACAAUGCUUUCGGCGGACUUCACACCGUAACGGACGAGUCUGAGAAUGAAUCAGACGAAGAGAGAGUCCAGGAUGAUAUCGAUCCCGAUGUGGAGGAAGAACCAGUCCAACACGUUGCACCCAUCAGGCCUGGUAGUUCCGUUUCCAGGCAGAAUGAUCCUCGACCUGAAAGCUCCCAACGCGAUGCAAAUUCUUCGGACAAUAGCGACAUUGAUACAGGCGAGGAUGGGAGCGAUGGCAGCCAGGCAGAGGAGUCAACUGACGAUGAAGAUCUUGAUGGCUGGCCCACAGAUUCAUCUUCGGAUGAAGAUCGCGAGGGGCUUGGUUCUCGUAGCACUAUGGCCCAGAGAUAUGCCAUUCGAAAGGCGCGACGUAAUAUCGAACGUCAUGCUCCGUGUGUACCUCAUAUGCGAAGUUAUCGCGGCCAUUGCAACGUCAAGACCGUCAAAGAUGUCAACUAUUUUGGAUUGGAUGAUGAAUACGUGGUCAGCGGCUGUGAUUCUGGUCAUAUAUUCAUCUGGGACCGCAAGACGUCCAAUCUGGUCAACAUCCUAGAAGGUGAUAGUGAAGUUGUCAAUGUUGUUCAAGGUCACCCCUAUGAACCAAUGAUCGCCGCUUCAGGCAUCGAUAACACCAUCAAAAUAUUUUCACCAGACCGGCACGCUCAAGAUGAUGCCCGUAAUGGUGUGAACAUUCUCGACCCCGACAAUCCAUCCAACAAGGUUGGACAAAACAUCUCCAGGAUCGGUGGCCUCGAAAGCCGGAAGCGAGUUCAUGAAAGCUACCGCAUCAUGAGCCAAAACGAUGUUGAGCGUCGUGGUGGCAUCAACGACGCACACAUCACUCGGAGUAUGCUUGAGCGCUUGGCGGCCAAUCUGACGAGUGAAGGCGGCCUUGGGGUUGGAAUUGAUGAUCUUGCUGGUGAUGGUGAACAUCGGACUGUUGUCAUCGAUGACAAUUGCUCGGUGAUGUAA